AUGUCUACAUCCGACCACAAGUACUAUCCCAUCAACGGUAUUCCCGUGAACAACGUCGAGGCUUCCCAGCUUGGUCCCGAAGUCCAGGUGCCCAUCCGUCAUGAGAUUGACUCCUGGAGCAAGGAUCCCGUCAACGAGAAGCAGGUGAAGCUGUUCGUGAUGGCCCUCGCUCGUUUCCAGAAGAUCGACCCCUUGGAGCGUGACUCGUACUUCCAGAUUGCUGGUAUUCACGGUCAGCCCAAUGUCCCCUGGGACGAGCCCAUCGACAAGAAGGAUGCCGAGGGACUUGGAUACUGCACGCACAACAACAUCCUCUUCCCCAUCUGGCAUCGUGCCUACCUGGCACUUUAUGAGCAACGCCUUUACGAGAUCAUGAUUCAAGAAAUUGUCCCCAACUUUGCCAAGGAACUGCGUCCGCAGUGGAAGGAGGCCGCCGAGGAAUGGCGUCUGCCCUUCUGGGACUGGGGUGUGAGUACCUCAGUGCCUGACCUGGCCAAGUACCCCUACACCUUGGUGCCAACCGCCGAUGGCACCGGCGAGGAGCGCAUUCCCAACCCACUCUUCCAAUUCGUCAUGCCCAACAACCAGCCCAUGUCCACUGCUGGCAUGGACAGCUUUAAGGACCCGUGGGUCGACAAUGGCGAGAUGCUGUUUUUCGGUGAAUGUAUCGGAACCAGCCGUUGGCCCGAUGAGGGUGAGAAUGCCUCGGGAACCAACACCUGGAAGUAUGGUGUCGUGAACAACCUCAAGGUCCAGGAGACUCUCAAGGCUCCCGUCUGGCUUAACGAAUCCAAAUAUGGCCAGCCGGCCGAGAUGGUCUACCGUCUGCUCACCACUCCCAUGGAGUACUCGACCUUCGCUACCACCGCCCAGCUUACCGACCAACAAGAUAUCACCAACGAUAUCAACUUGGAGUACAUUCACAACAACAUUCACGGUUGGGUCGGAGGACCUCUCAACGGACACAUGUCUCAAAUUCCUGUUGCCACAUUCGAUCCCCUCUUCUGGCUUCACCACUGUAACAUUGAUCGCAUCUUUGCCCUGUGGCAAGCCCUGAACCCCGACAAGUGGUUCGAGAAGGCCAAGGUCAACAAGUUCUUCCAGGAGACCAUCGGUCUUCCUGAGGGCUCCGAUAUCACUCCCGACACUAAGCUCCGCCCAUUCCACAAGGACACUGCCGGUGCCGUGAUGACCCCCAAGGAUGUCCGCUGGCCGUACAAGCUCGGCUACAACUACCCCGAGCUGCAGACCUGGAAAUACAAGCCCGAGGGCUACACCUCGAGUACCUUCCAGUCCGAGCUGCGCAAGACCGUCAACGAGCUGUACGGUAUGUCCCGCCAGCAGCUGAUCGACGCCACCCACAACAUCAAGGGUGUCGAGUACCUGGAGGAUGGCUCCAAGUCCUCCGACUACUCCUUCAGCGUUCGCUACCGCAAGUACGGUCUGGGUGGUGACCCCUUCUGGAUCCGCAUCUACCUAUCCGACGAUAUCAACAAGCAGAACCCGACCAAGGACCUGAUCACCGAAGUGUACAACUUCAGUCAGCGCCCCGAGACCAAUUCAGGCAAGCUGGCUUGCGGCAACUGCAAGGGCCAGCAGAAGGCGAACAUCAAGUCCACCGCCAGCAUCUCCCUGACCCCCAUCCUGAUCACCCUGCUCAAGUCCGGCAAGGACCUGGCCAGUCUGGCCAAGGACGAUGUCCUGAAGUACAUCCGCGAGCGCGCCUACUGGCGUGUCUUCCGUGCCGGCAAGGAGGUCCCCUCGUACGAGGUCGACAAGCUGGAUCUGGAGAUCAUCGGUAGCACCAACGACUCCACCGUCUACAACGAUGCCACCAAGCCGCCCAAACUUGAGAACUUCAAGAAGGAGCCCACCAUCUCCGGAGGUCCUGGUGGUGCCCUGAACCCCAGCCUGCAGCAGCCCGUCACCGUCGCUCCUCCUGCUGUGCCCGCCAUCCCCAAGGCCGGUCUCCGAGUCGGCUCGCACCUGCCAUUCAAGGAGACCCUCAAGGCCGACGGUGUGGUAAUCGUCGACUCUAGCGGCCUGAACCUCACCCCAUGGAAGGGCUCGGGCAUUGACAACACCCAACUCUCCUUGCACGAGGGCAAGAAUGGCGACGGCAACACCCUGUUCCUCAUCUCCAUGCGUCGGGCUGAGAACCAGAUUGUCUUCAACACCAAGAUCGACGACAAGUUCGGCAAGGAAGUCCGUGUCUCGCUCGAGAACCGCUUCAAGGGCAAGACCCCGUCGAUCCUGAUCCACGACCAGGGCGAUGGUUAUGAGGUCUUCAUCGACUGGCGCCACGUUCUGUUCUUCGAGAAGCGUGCCGAGGGUAAGACCGCCCAGUCCAUCUCGUACAGUGUCAACCAGGGACAGACUCCUGUCUGGUCGUCCGACCUGAAGGUCAAGGUGUACGCCUCCAUGAGAGAGGUCUUCCACCACUAA